CAGACUACGAGCGACAUUGCACGAGAAAAGUUAAGGCAGUUAAAUAAAAAUACAAAUUUUUGGCUGAAAUAUUUUUAAAUAAAAACAAGUCUUAAGAAAAAGAUAAAAAUUACAAUAAUACAAUAAAUAAUUAAAUAAAUGGUGUUUUAAAAAGAUUCAAUAAGUUCAAAUUAAAAAAAGUGCCAAUGAAAUAGAAAAAAAGUGGAGAAAAGCAGAAGAACCGGCAGUUUUUUUAUAAUAAUUCAAAAAAGCAAAAAAAUAUAUAUAAAAAUAUAUAAUUAAUACAAUACUAUGGACUCACGCGAACUAUUACUUUUUCUGGCCUGCAUGGGCCUGCUAGGUGGUUUACGUUUUACCUCUACCACCACCACUACCUCUUUAGUGGCUGCCAUGUCUAUAGCGAAUCAAGACUUAGAGCGUUAUUUUCACUCAGCCAAUAGAACACAAACUUUAGCCUCAGAGGAGCGCAUAGCCAUGGAUGUCUAUACAUAUGCCUUCAAUUACUCCUACAUGGAAAACCAACAACUGCGUGUGGUCAACUAUCAAGAGGAAAAGGCCCGUUAUGGUGAGGGUAUAUUAACCGUACAAGGCAAGCUAAUACACAUUAGCACACCCGAAGAUCCUAAAGAUGAUUCGGCCUGUUCGUCGAAUUUGUUGGGUACCAAUGGUACACCCAUACCACCAUAUGUCUCCUGGAUAGCCCUGGUGCGCCGAGGACGCUGUACUUUUGAGGAAAAAGUCAAAAAUGUUUUUCUUAGUGGUGCAGCGGGUGUUAUCAUCUAUAAUGAUAAGCCCGUUAUGAAUUUGGAAAAGAUGCAGAUUAAGGGUAAAACACGUAAUAUAACAGCUGUGAUAACUUAUCAAGACAUUGGUCUAGAAAUGGCAAUGCGUCUUGAUCAAGGGUUUGAUGUUUCGGCCCAUAUAAUAGAGGGACGUAGUGGUAUGCGGCCUAUAAAUAGUUUGAAUAGAACAUCUGUACUAUUUGUAGCCAUCUCGUUUAUAAUUUUAAUGGUAAUCUCUUUGGUAUGGCUGAUAUUCUAUUAUAUACAAAAGUUUAGAUACAUGCAGUCAAAGGAUCAACAAUCGCGUCAUCUUUGCUCUGUAACCAAAAAAGCCAUCAUGAAAAUACCCACAAAAACAGGCAAAAGUACAGAUGAAAAAGAUGCCGAAUCAGAUUGUUGUGCCAUUUGCAUAGAAACCUAUAAGGCCUCAGAUCUCAUAAGAGUGCUGCCCUGCAAGCAUGAAUUCCACAAAAACUGCAUAGAUCCCUGGUUAAUAGAGCAUCGCACCUGUCCCAUGUGCAAAUUGGAUGUUUUAAAAUUCUAUGGUUAUGUGGUGGGUGAUGAAAUCCAUACAACACCCUCACCCCGACAUAUGCCCGCUAAUAAUACAGCGCCUUUAGAUGAUACAGAUGUGCCUGUAGUAGUUGUAGGUGUAGUGCCCACAUCCCAUACCAACUCAUUAUUAUCAUCAACAUCAGUAGCUGCAGUCAAUAGCAGUAGUACUAGUAGUAGUAGCAAUAAUACUCCCAGUAGAUUUAGUGCCACCCAAGCUAGUGUAGAGACACAAACGAUUACAACUAUAGAGCCACACAGCAGUAGGGAAGAUAUUAUUGAAACACAUAUGCAAAAUUAUCAUAGACCACCAGCACCUGCAGCAGCAGUAGAUGCUGUAGAUAGUAGUUAUAAUUAUAAUAGUAGUAAUAGUAAUAAUUUAACAAAUAGUGAUAUUAAUCAAGCCUGGAGCACGGGUUUUAUACUGCAGCAGCAGCAGCAACAAGGUCAAGUUAAUACUGGCAGUCAUUUGGUGACUGAUGUCUAAAAUAUGUAGCAGUUGUUUAGGGUACCAGUGCAAGUAACUAGAGCUGCCAAUAGCAAAAUUUUAAACAAAUGAAGAAUUUAGUAGAAGAAAUUUUUUGGAUUUUUUUUAAUUUGUAGAUUUUGUUUAAGUGCUAAGAGAAAUGCUUUGCUGUGUUAUGUAGGUACUUGAGCUACUGAGAGAACUAUAAACUAGACUAUUGACUAGGCUACAGUCUAGACUAUUGGUUAAACUAUAGCAUAGACUAUCGAUCGGACCAUAUUCUAGACUACUGAUUCGACUGUAGUCUGGAUUACUACACUAUUCUAAGUUCUAAGUUAAGUUCUAGUUCAG